UCCUGGGUGUUGGCCCUUUCCAGCGUACGGUGUGACCGUGACGUGAUCGGUGUGUGCGCGUGGCGUGACAAGCUGAUUCUGGGGGACAAGAAGCAGGAUAAUAAAAAUGCCUUCGGACGAAGCGAACGCUUCGUCCCAGUCGUCGAGUGGCGAUACGAAGCGAAAAGUCAGCAUCAUUACAGAGCCCGUCGUCGAGCGGUUAGGUCACGAUAAUUUGGCCUUCGAGCAGAACAAACGAAAAAUAUCCCAGCAGUCACAUCACUCCGAGGAUGGACCGGUUCGGCGGAAAAGUAAUAUGCACAACAACAACUUUGACACCGCCUCGAUUCACAGUGAUCGCUACAACGGAGAGGCUGGCGGACGCUCCAAAAAGAGUUCCUUUUCGGAGGCUCUAGGAAAAAUCGAACGCGACUACGACAACUCGCGACUGGAACAGUCGUGGAUCUACUCGCUAUGCAUGCGGUGCCGGGUCGAGUACACAACGCCCUCCUGGGAACCGCCCGGCUGGCAGAAGGUGUGUCCCUACCCGCUCUGCCCGUCCUACCGACAGUUUGCGAGGAUCCUAUCUAUCAUUCUCAUUGGUGUGUUACUUUGGGUAACGGCGUACGUCAUCAUCGGUGACACGGCCGCACCCGGUGGUCAGCUGUUUCAGCUGGUCGUCCUGACGGUGGCCGCCAACUUCGGGGGAUUCAUCAUAUCGCUGACGACGCUACCCCGGUUGAUAGGAAUGCUGCUCGUCGGAAUACUGUUUCAGAAUGUCGGUUGGGUGAAUUUGGACGGUGACUUCCAGAUCGUGACGGCCGAGCUGCGGAAGCUGGCUCUGGUCAUCAUCCUGGUCCGGGCGGGUCUCGAGAUGGACCCGACCGCGUUCAAGAAGAUCUACAAAACGAUCCUCAAGCUCGGUCUCAUCCCGUGGUUCGUCGAGUGCUCGCUGAUCGCGGUCUGCGCCCGGUUCUUCCUGCAGCUACCGUGGAUGUGGAGCAUCCUGCUCGGUUCGAUCGUCGGUGCGGUCUCGCCGGCGGUCGUCGUCCCAUGUUUGUUCCGGCUUCGCACCAAGGGCUACGGGGUGGUGAAGGGCAUCCCGACGCUGAUCAUUGCCGUGGCCGGUAUCGACGACGCCGUGUCCGUGGCCGGUUUCGGCAUCAUCUCGAGCAUCAUGUUCAGCACGCAGAGCUUGGGGUUGCAGAUUGCGCAGGCUCCGGUGUGCAUCAUCGGCGGGCUGGGCUUCGGUGUCGUUUGGGGCUUCCUGUGCAAGUACGUGCCGGAACCGGGCGACGCGUACGUCGUGCCGAUCCGAACGCUGAUGCUGUUCGGGGGCGGUCUGUUGGCUGUGUUUGGCAGUGAAAAGAUCCACUUCGAAGGGGCUGGCCCGCUCGGGGUCGUGUUUGCUGCGUUCACUGCCUCGUACUUCUGGUGCGGCCAGGGCUGGGAGCUCGAGGACAAUCCCGUGUCCACCGCGUUCGAAAUCUUCUGGAUGAUCUUCGAGCCGAUUCUGUUCGGUAUCACCGGAGCCUCAAUCAAGAUCGCCGAAUUGGAUCCUCACAUUGUGUCGAUAGGCGUUGGCAGCAUUUACGUGGUAGCAGUGAUCCGCAUCCUGACGACCGUUGCGAUUGCCUUUGGAGACAAGUUGAACGUCAAGGAGAAGAUUUUCGUUGCCAUCUCUUGGAUGUCGAAAGCAACGGUACAGGCAGCCCUCGGACCGGUUGCGCUGAAGACGGUGAUGUUGAACGAAAACCGAACGGAGGAAGAGGUCCAUUAUGCCGAGCUGGUGAAGAUGAUCUGUAUUCUCAGCAUCAUUCUAACGGCUCCAUUGGGUGCCAUUCUAAUCUCGGUGACGGGCACGAAAUUGCUGAAGAAAACCAAACAACAACUCGAACCGAUGGAUGGCUGGCGAAGAAGUCACCGGCCGUCGCUGCACGAUAUCAGUAUCAUCGACGAAGAGGAAGAACGCGAGGACAUUGAGGGCAUCGCAGAUGAGGACACGGCCGCCAACACGCUGUCCAACGCACAACCGGCAGCGGCCUUUACCAUUACGAAGUAGAGACUAUCGACGGCAUCGGCUCAGCACUUCCCUGUCGCCGUCACCUAAAUCUUUAAGAUAUUGAAACCUGUUACCUAUCGAAAGAUGUGCAAAGUACGAGAAUGCAGCAGAAUUCUUAGAUGGAAUGCAGGCAUCGGAGGAAUCCAAGCCGGCUUAGAUUAUGGCAAACGGUCCAGCAGUAUCGUUCCGUUUGUUUUGUUACUAUUAAUCUUAAAUAGAUUUGGAUAGUCUUUUAGAGCGUUGGCUGAUAGGCAUCAACAGUAACAGCAGCCGAAGUAGUGAAGAUACAAAACCAAACCCGUACCAUUCCAGUCCCAACCGAACCGAUUCGAAAGACGAGUAAGGCGAAACACGAACCGGAAUCGAAACACUUUUGUUCAUUAGUAGUGAUAGCUAUAGAGAGGUGUAAACCGAACCGUUCUCUUGCAGGAAAUAGUACUCGCAAGUGCGCAGACUAGUGUAGGUCCCUUGUUUAAGCUCAUUAUACUUAUUAAACUACGAUGUGUCUACGAUAUUCCUUUGUGCCACGAUACGCUACGAUAUUAGUGUCAUAUUUUUUUGUAAAUUCAUUCAUUCAUUCAUUCAUUUAUUGCUAAUAUUAACACAGGAACAUAGUCUAAAACCGUAACUUAAACCAACGAUCCGCAGCACAUCAUCCG